AUGAUGAACCCUCAAGAUCUUAAGCACCAAGUGGGGAAGGUGGAUCCGACAGAGGAAGCUAAAGACAAAGACGUUGCACUCGGUGAGGUUCGCGACAUCGGCGCCGGAUUGUAUGUGGAGGCCGAGCAAUUGACGGCCGAAGAAGUGGAGUCCGAAGGGGGAAAGGUUCUGAGGAUUCUAGAUUGGAGAUUGAUGCCAAUUCUUUAUGUUACCUAUGUGAUUCAAUUUCUUGAUAAGUUGUCUUUAAACUAUGCCUCGGCAUAUACUUUCAAGGCGGAUCUCGGGCUCGAGGGUCAGCGAUACUCGUGGGUUGCUGCUAUCUUCAAUUUCGGAUAUCUAUUCUGGGCUAUUCCAUCAAACCUCUUGCUCCAGAAACUUCCCGUUGCUAAGUAUAUGGGCUGCAUGCUCUUAUUGUGGAGUGUCAUUGUCAUAGCGCACAUCGGAGCCACCAAUUAUGCCGGAAUCCUGGUGCUCAGGUUUCUGCUGGGAAUGGCAGAAGCAGGAGUCAGUCCAUGUAUGAUGGUCUUGACCUCGAUGUUCUACAAACGGUCUGAGCAGCCUCUCCGUAUGGCCAUCUGGCUGAGCGCCAAUGGUAUGGCAACGAUAGUUGGGGCACUGUUAGGGUUUGGUCUCGGCCAUACACACGAUGGCGCUCUCCAGAGCUGGAAGCUCAUUUUCCUGACGAUUGGGCUUCUGAACUUUGUGAGCGGUGUCGUAUUCCUAUGGUUGAUGCCCGACUCGCCCAGCUCGGCGCGAUUCUUGACUCAUCGCCAGCGUCUUGUGGCAGUCCGACGGGUAGCGGAGAACAUGAUUGGAGUGAAGACACGGGAAAUCAAACCAAGGCAAGCGCUGGAAUGCUUGUACGACGUCAAGGUACUCUGCUGUGCAGGUAUCGGCAUUGCCUGUGGUGUCAUCAACGGCGGCGUGUCCAAUUUUGCGUCCUCUCUCAUUGAAGGCUUCGGGUUCAGCGGCAUCUAUGCGACAAUUCUCCAGCUACCGCUUGGUGCCAUUGAAGCAGUUAUCGUGCCGAUCUGCGGGUUGGUUGCGACGUUUGUGCCCAAUUCACGCUGCAUUGUACUCGCCGUCGUGUGCCUGAUCCCAUUUGGUGGGCUGUUGGGGAUUCGUUUCACAAGCCUGGACCACCGCUGGACUCUCGUCGGUUGUGCUUGGUUGCAGUAUGUUGUUGGAGCUCCGGUUAUUGUAUGCUGGAAUCUUCUGUCCACAAAUGUCGCUGGCCACACCAAGCGAGCUUUCGCUAGCGGUAUAUGGUUCACGGUUUACGCUGGUGGAAAUGUGGCUGGAGCAAAUAUCUUCUUUGCUCGUGAGGCCCCGCGUUACAAAUCUGCCCUGACAGGACUCUUGGUCUGUUAUGCGGGAAUAUUCGUGCUUUCUGCCCUUGCAUAUGUAGGAAUGCGAUGGGUUAAUUCCCAGAGGAACGCCGCUUUGGCUAUCAGUGAAGAACCGGAUGACCACAACUUUCAGGCAAUUUUGGAUGGAUUCAAGGAUAUGACGGAUAUGGAGUCUAAGAACUUCCGAUACGCACUAUGA